AUGGAAAGUUGUAAACUGAUAGGUGUUGGUGAUAAGGUUCCAGCAGAUAUUCGUAUUAUCAGGAUCCAUUCCACAACCAUAAGAGUAGAUCAGUCUAUCCUUACUGGUGAAAGUGUGAGCAUCAUAAAGCACACUGAACCCAUCCCAGAUGAAAGAGCUGUCAAUCAGGACAAGAAGAACAUUCUCUUCUCUGGCACCAAUAUUGCCUCUGGAAAGUGCAGAGGUAUUGUCUUUGGAACCGGAUUAACUACUGAAAUUGGUAAAAUCAGAAAUGAAAUGAUGGACACAGAAACAGAGAAGACACCACUGCAGCAGAAGUUGGAUGAAUUUGGAGAACAGUUGUCAAAG